AUGUCCGCGGCCAACACCGUGGUGGAGCACGGUGGCCGCACGCUGCUCCUGGACAAGAGCUCCUUCUGCGGGGGGAACUCCACCAAGGCCACGAGCGGCAUCAAUGGUGCGGGCACGAAGACACAGAAGAGCAAGUCCAUUCCGGACACUGCCGACAUCUUCGUGGCGGACACUUUGAAGGGCGGGGCCAAGAAACCCGAGUUGGCCAAGGUGCUGUGCAUCAACAGCGCUGCGGAUGUGGAUUGGCUCGUGGACAAGUUUGACUUGGACCUGUCACUGGUGGCACGUCUGGGUGGCCAUUCGCAGCCGCGCACGCACCGUGGAAAGGAACGAUUUCCCGGGAUGACCAUCACCUAUGCGUUGAUUCAAAUGCUGGAGAAGGUGGCUGAAAAGACCAACCGCGCCAGGAUUAUCACCAAGGCGGAGGUCUUCAAGCUGCUGCAGAGCGGCCACAAUGUGGUCGGCUGCGAGUACCGCAAGGCGGGCAAGGUGGUGAAGGAGUACGGACCCAUGAUCUUGGCAUCCGGAGGCUUUGGUGCCGACUUUGGCUCGGACUCCUUGUUGGCGACCUACCGCCCUGACUUGUUGCACCUGCCGACCACCAACGGUGAACACUGCACAGGUGAUGCCAUUAAGAUGGGUGAAGCGAUUGGCGCGGCCACCAUCGAUUUGGAGUGGGUCCAGGUGCAUCCCACUGGUUUGGUGAAGCCGGACGAUCCUGAUGCCAAGGUGAAGUUCCUGGCGGCCGAGGCCCUGCGCGGUGUGGGUGGCAUCGUGCUGGACGCAUUGGGCAACCGCUUCUGCAAUGAGCUGGGACGCCGCGACUACGUCACCGGCGAAAUGUGGAAAAAUAAGCCACCUUUCCGCUUGUGCCUCAACCGCGCUGCUGCGGAUGAGAUCAUCUGGCAUGCCAAGCACUACACGGGCCGCGGCGUGAUGAAGUUCUACCCUUCGGGCGAAGACUUAGCCAAGGACAUGGGCGUCCCGCUGCAGACCUUGGUCGAUGCGCAUCAGAAACACUUCGAGGCGGCCAAGAAGCAGGAGAAGGAUCCCGAAGGUGGCCCCUUCCCUGCCUAUCCAUCGGGAAAGACCUGGGAUGAACCCAGUGGAAAGACUGGCAGCGGAAAGAAGUUCUUCCACAACAUCAUCGAUGGCUCGAAGGUUGCCACAGAGCCAUUCUAUGUUGCCAUCAUUACCCCAGUGAUCCACUACUGCAUGGGCGGUUUGGAAUGCACCGUGGAUGCGGAAUGCAUCGACAAGUCAGGCAAGGUCAUCCCUGGCCUCUACGUGGCCGGGGAAGCUGCAGGUGGCAUCCACGGAAACAAUCGUCUGGGCGGCAACUCUCUGCUGGACUGCGUGGUCUUCGGCCGCGUGGCUGGUAAGGCGGCCUGCAAGUACACCUUCGGAAAGGACGAGUUCCGGCGGAAGGUCUUCGCUGCCCGGGCCAAAGAUGCCAAUGGCAGAGGAGAAGUGGACGUGGUGGUCAUAGGCUCCGGCUUCGGCGGCCUUGCAGCCGCUGGCCUGCUGGUGGAUGCCCCAGCAGCCUCCGGCAGAAGUCGCGUGGAUGUGGAACACCUAUGGCCCGAAGCGGCCGGGAGGUGCUGGUCUGCGAAUCCCACAGCCAGCCCGGUGGAGUUGGGAUGCCCAUCCGGCUUACUAACCAUUCCACGAUUGCUGGUUGCGCAUUCGCAGGGCAACUCAGCACCUCCCAGAAAAGACUCUCCCAUGGAUCACAUGUUACUGGCACCGCCUCGCACGCCAGAGAAGAUGUUCAAACGCCAGGGCUAUGAGUUUGACAGCGGUCCCAGUCCGGUGGCCUGCCUAUUGUCCGGUUGCUCCUCACCCAUCUCAGCCAAUCCGGUGAGACAUUUGCUGAAUGCUCUGGGGGAGGCGGUGGCAGCGGCUGGCAAUGCGAUGGUGGGUCCCAUUGCUCCCGAAGCCCUUUUAGCUCCGGCGCAAGCGAGUUUUGGAGGGUUCCACAUUCCACGGCGCCUUCGUGGCACCGAGGCUUCCGUUACCGACGCCAGCGCGCCACAGAUGCCAAGCAGCCCAGAUCCCAGGAGAAUGGGAGAGGCCGUGAGGUGGUUGAUGGAUGAAGAUGUGGAAAAACCGCCGGAAUGGUUGGUCCUGCUGCUGGACAAGACCUUCCAGACCCGGAAGAACACGGUCUACCGGGUCACCUCCUCCUUGAUGUCCGAGCUGCCGGAGCUGACGCUGGCGGAGGCCAGGACCAAGGCGGAACAUGCCAGAGAUCACUUCUUCUCCGUCUUGUCCACCACCCCCGAGUGGAACAAGGCCAUCCGAUUGGCUCAGUCCCUGCAGCGCUUGGGUCUGGCUGUGCGUGUGGUGCCCGGCUUUGAUCGAGAUGCCUUUCUGAAGGGUCGCCCGGCAAUGUUUGAUGACCUGCAUGAGAACCUUCGCGCUGAGACUCGCUGUGCUUUCACCGAACUUUCUCACCCAUUUCCGAUGGCGCCCGUGCCGCCAUGGAAGGGGGCGUUCAGUCGAGAUUUUGUUCCCGUUUUGGUGUGGAGAUCCACUGCGGUCCGGAUGGCGGAGGAAACUCCAGCGGAACAGGCCAUCGUCUUUCACAUCGAGGUGCCCGGUGCCGUAGGCCUCCCAAAGCCGGAAGUGACCUACGUGCAGAUUGCUGGGCUUGGUCUUGAGGAGGACUACGCCUCAGAGGCGCAAGUGGAGGAGUCCACCGAGCCGGGCCCCUGGCUCUUUCAAAGCCUGGAAGCCAUCGCAGAGGCCAAGCGCCUCAAGGCGGAGGCCGAAGCGGCUCAGGGUAAGAAAAAGAAAGAUGACAAGGAGGAUUCGCGGCCCCAAUCCAUCGACCCGCCCACGGCGGUGUGUCGCAUCGCCCGACCAUGCAAGUUGCCCGCGGAGAGGCAUGUCUCCACCGACGGCAGAGGAUUUCAGAUGGGGCAGCGGCUGCUGGACAGCGCCUGCGCCCCGCUGCGCCUGCGGCUCUUUCGGCAGGGCGUCGUUCCGCUGGAGCUGGGCCAGGCGCUGCUGGAGCUGGCACCGUUGAUCCACGAGAGCGCCAGCUUGGAUGUUGACCUGGAAUUGCAGUGGUCAGAGGCCUUAUUGGAAGAGCUGAAGACCGAGUUCGAGGAACGCGCAGAUGCGGAGGCGCAAGCGGAAGUUCAAGAAGAACCUCCGCAGUUCGUGCCACCUCCUGUCGGCCGCCUUCUGCUGAAAAUCUCCACUGCAGCACCAAUGGGUCGCAUUUUGUGCCCCGAGGACCUGCACGACUGGGCAGUGCUGACCACCAAAAUCGAGGGCAUCUAUCAGCUUCCUGUGAAGCUACAGGAGGCCGAAGGAGUGGUGGAGGCGCAUCCCCUGUGCUAUGCCGUGCGCCUCCUGGGAUGCGACUUCAAUGGCGGGCAGCUGGUGCUGCCCCACGUCGAGCUGCCGCCGCCGGACGAGGCCGCGGCGGCCGAGGGCGCCGAAGCACCGGAGGUUGCAGAGGCAGAGCCGGAGGUGCCAGACUCGCCCUCGCAGGCAGACAUCUCCUUCGACAUAGGCACCGAGGAGUUCCAGGAGGGCCUUCUGCGCGCCGGCUACCCGGCGGCGCGCACGGAUGGUCCGGCGGUCUUCAGCUUUCUGUGUCGCCCGCGCACGGGGCUCGGCGGACGCAUCGGCGGCUCAGCGAAAGCGCGUGGAACGUCGGGUUUGCAUGACUUUUUACGGCUGUUGGAAAUCCACCUGCCGGCCAGCCCGGAGAAGCUCCUGGAGUUGCACAGUGCCUUGGUGGAGAAGCACGAGAGCCUGGAGAUGGCCUUCGGUGCAUUGGACUCUGCGGCGGAGGGCGCGCUGACACGGGAGAGCCUGGCCAUGGGCAUUGAGGAGCUGGGGCUCUCCAAGAGUCCGGAAGAGGUGGAAGCCCUCUUCGUGGCGUUGGACACCAGCCGCAGCGGCUCCAUCAGCCGCGAAGAUCUACGGGUGCUGAGCAUGGCCAAGCGGAUGAACGACCUGGAGAUGGCCCAACAGGCAGUGAAGUGGUUGGUAUCAGCCUGCGGCUCAUUUUCCAAGCUGCUGGAGCAGGUGGAUGAGCACAUGACCGGCAGCAUCAGCAAGGAGGCUUUCCUGGCUACAGCACAACGGCUGGGUUUGAGCGAUGGCGUGGAGCUGGCUUUCAGUUUCGCUCAGCAGAUGGAAGGCGCAGAAACGUUGAGCCAUGAGAGUUUCUUCUCCCUCCAAGCCUUGGAUUUGUUGGAGCACGUGCCAUCCAUGUUGGUGAAACUCCAGGAACUGCUGUUGCACGGUGCCUCUGAGCUGCCAGGGGCUGCAGGGCAGGUGGCGCUGCAGCGGCUGAAGGAUGAGGAGAUGGUGGAGAGUAUCACCUGCAGUGAGUUUAUCGCUGGCUUGGGCCAACUGGAAGGGGCGCCCCUGUCGGUGCCCAGUGCGCAGUGUUUGUUCUUUCUCUUGGAUGGCGCGAAUGUGGGCACCCUCGACGCCUCGGCCUUUUCCUCGCUGCCCAACCUGAACGCCGCGGCGCAGUGGCGACGCUUGAGCGAAUGCCGUCGCUUCAUAGAGGACCCCAAUGCUUUCAGAGCACUCUUCGAAGGCCCUGGCGAAGAUGUCUUCCAGGAGGCGGAGGAGAACCUACCGCACGUUCUCUUUGAGACCAAAGAGCAGGUUGCGUAUCGCGGCCGUGAAUGGCUGCAACGGCUGCUGAACACCUUGGGCGACGAGCGAGGACGAGAUCCAGUGAAGGAUUCCCUGAGCAAAACAGGUGGCACUUGGCUCUACAUGUUCCCCACCGUGCAGGGCCAAGACUCCUUGGUAGACUACAAGGAGAUCAGCGACGCUACGGCCUCCACCCAUGGCAAGUUGGCGCGCUGGCACCACGGUCAUGGCUUCGUGGACCUACGCCGCCUGGCGGCGCCGGGGAAGAACGGCCAGGGGCCCAUGCUGGAGUUCAGGGCUUACCUGACGCAGGUGACGCAACUGCCUGGUGCAAAUGAGUUCCCAGAGGCAGAGUGGAGCACGGCCUAUACGCCCUGCCGGAGUUAUGUGAAAGGAGUCAUUCGCCUGGACCGGCCCUUGCAACGGCUCUGUCCUCGCGACGUGCGCCCCGCGCAGCAGUCUUCGGGGGAGCCCUACAUCCCGGCGCCGCCGCCCAAGAGGCCGCCGGCAACGGUGAACGAGGACCUGGAGAAGGAGGCUGCCACCCUCAUCGCCCGGCUCUCUUUCGAGUUUGCACGCUGGUGCUAUGACUCUGGCUACAUCGAGUCCAAGAUCGUUGGACCCGGUGGAGAGUUAAGUCCCAAUCCAGUGCUUGGCAAGAAGGGCGUGGUCCGCAGAGCCUUUCUGCAGUGGAUGGAACAGGAUCCUGAGGGCGGAACCAGCUUGAAGGAUUUGGGCAAUGCCCUCCGGCCUGCCGUGGUGCGCCUCAUGCGAGCCGAGAACAAGAAUGGCCCGGCAUGCGGUCUCAGUGGGAACGAGAACGAUGCCAAGUACACCUACCUCAGGGACUAUAUCUCCCGACACCUCUUCCGCGCGCUGAACAGCGAAGUGGAGAAGCACCGGCGCCUCCGCGACGAGCGAAUUUGGCGCAGUCCAUGUUCUGACAACGCGCAGGAUGCCGAUGCGGAUAGCUGGCAGAAACAGGACGCCACGCUGAAACGCCUCACCGUGGAAUACGAACUGCUCGGAGAUUGGCAGCGCAGCAUGGCUUUUUGA